AUGCAGCUGAACAGAGGUGCCGUGGGUGGAGGGCACGCCUGCGGGACGCCGGACGCGACACAGCUGCGGUGCAGGGAGAGGGAGCUGGUGGCUCAGCUGCACGAGCUUCUGUUCCCUUCCACGCCCCCGCCUCCAGCCGGCGGCAGCGCGUCGUGGCCGUCGUCGUCGGCCUCGGCCGACCUGCCCGUCGAGCACUGCGGCUCGCCGGUGAAGGCGCCGGCGCUCUGCGGCAAACGGCGGGGCAGGGGUAGCAAGAGAGUCCGGGAGGGACAGCCGCAGGAGGAGCAAAAGCAGCCUGGUGGUUCUUCCACUGCGACCAAGGCUGCUCGCGGCAGGAGGAAGAAGGAAGGGACGACCACCACCACGAUCGUCACGGCGGUGCCGGAUUUCGACGGCUACCAGUGGAAGAAGUACGGCCAGAAGCAAAUCGAAGCCGCCCAGUACCCGAGGAGUUACUUCCGGUGCACCAACAGCGCGGACCAGGCCUGUCCGGCCAAACGGACGGUGCAGCGCAAGGACGACGGUGACGGCGACGCCGGACCGCCCAAGUACACGGUUGUGUACAUCGCCGAGCACAGCUGCAAGCUAACCGAGGCGGCGGCGGCGCCGGUUAUCCUCGAGACUACCGUCCGCACCAAGACCCCUGCAGAUCCAGACACCGCCGCCGUAUUUUCUAGCAGCUCCAGCGCUUUCAGCAAUGACACUCAAUCGCCGGCGAGCUCGGAUGGCACGUGGAGCGAUGGCACCGUCUCUGAGGCGAACCCGGUGCUGAGGGAGCGCGGCCACUGUUCGAGCUUGUUUGAUGUCGACGGUGACUGCUGGGAGUGGGACCCCUCGCCGACGGCACCGGCUGCCGUGUUGCUCCAGGACAUGGAUUUCGCCGGGCCGAUCAUGUCGCCGGUACACGUCGCGGCAACGGAUGGAAGCUGGAUCAACGAAUUGUUCCUUAACGAGUCGCCAUUUGUUCUCAACAGCUGCCAGUUGUUUGGUUACUAGAUCAUCUUUG